GAGCUACUCGCUACCAACCUAGGAGGGGAAGAUGUAAUUCUAGGAACAGACUGCCUAUAUGAGCACAACCCGCAGAUUAACUGGGUGAAGAACCGCCUCACGUUCUCCAUCUGUGCCAGAACAUGCCUAGUCAGCCGACCAAAAUUCAUGAUACAAGCACAACUCCUAUUAUGA